AUGGCUAGGCCUCUGGAUUUUUCCGGUUUGCCAGCGAAGACGUCGGCUGGUUUCGACUCGGUGAAUUACGGAGUCGCCGUGCAAGGAUUGAGUGAUGAGCAAUUGGACCUGCUGAACAAGUGUCGCCAUGAUGGGUCGGCUUUCGGAGAGCCCCCAACAACACCGAAACUGCGCACUGGCCACAUAACGGUUGAGGAGCUGAUUGGAGGAAAGGGGAACGACGCGUCCAACAUCCCAAUCAUGGAGCGCCUGAAGAUCUCGAGACCCGUGAUGCGCAAGGCAGUCUUCGAUGCAGCUGGUGAACACGUUCCACUUGUACCCGGAUUUCCGAUUCCAAUGAGAACUCAAAAUCGUGGUGAUAUGGGUUUGACGUCGACGAUGUUCCGCCCGGAGCUUUUCAAGACGACAAUGGAGGCCUACGGUUCUGCUAAUCAAAAACAACAGCAAAGUGGAUCGGAUGUGACGUGUAUGUUACAUCUCUUCAAGGGAGUCUCCUCGGCGAUGAACAAGGGGAAGAGGAAAUUUCGACUACGGAUGUCAAUGCGCAACGAGCGAUCAAAACCAAAGUUUCCACAUUCAACGCAGAAAGUUUCUCAAAUGCGUUCCAAUGGACCUCAUCGCGGCGGAUAUGGCGGUCAACACGCGAAUCGUGGCACUUCAUCAAAUAAUGCCUUUGAAUCUCAUUCGGGAACGAAUCAAGGACAGAAUCAGAAGGCAAAAAAGCCUUAUUUCAUGCCGUACUUUUACCCGGACGAUGUCAAGCGUGGACUCGGCGAUCCACAAUCAAAACUCGUUGAGGGUGUGCUUCGUGUGAAUCAAAGAAAUUACGAGGAAAGUUACAUUGACAACCCGGAGGGAGAUUUGGACUUGCUGAUUUUGGGCGUUCAUGAUCGAAACCGUGCCCUGCAUGGUGAUCUCGUUGUUGUGCGAAUAAAAGAACGCGAGAACUGGGUUGUUCUUGAGGGACCGUAUAAGGCUUGGCGCGAAAGUCAUCAAUCAAAAGAAGCAAAUAAAGAAGAGAAGAAAAUUGUUGAGCAGAAUGAGUCCUCAAUGUUUAAUGUUACUGGUUUGUCCGUCUCCGCCUCAAGUCUUACUGAGCCUGUACCAAUUAGCCAAUCAAUGUGCUAUUCGCGCACGAAUCUCAUACGUGUCGCUGUUCAGAUGGAAAUGGCUACACCAAAGCCGACUGACACACAAAAGACGAGGCUUGCACUAAAACCAGAUAUUCAAACAAUGCUGGCCAAUCUUGGGAUCAACAAGAGUGAUGAUGUGGAUUCGGAUCCGACUUCGCUUCGCCGCCUCUCCUCGUCGCAACCUGUCGUCAAGAAGUCACCAAAUGGAACCGGCUCACAGAAUAAACGCUCAUCGAUGAGGACACUCGCUGAUUUGCCGGAGGAUUCAAAGAUUGUUCCCGAUUCGUGCCUACAAAAGACUGCUGAGGUA